AUGUUUUGCGGAUGCGCUCUCAAUGUCAAGGAAUUACCUUUCAGUGAGCAACGGAUAUCUGAAUUGGAGAAAGAAUUGCAGUUGGUUGAGGCCGGCAAGCAUCCGAAAUUUUUAGAAAAACUUCGUGAAUUCCAGCAAAAACAAGCAGACGAACUGGAAAUGAUCGAUAUCAUGUAUGAGAGAGAGAAGGAGGAAAUCGAACGAAAAUACCAUAUGGAGCAUGCUGCAAUUCAACGAGAGCUUAAGGAAAGGGAGGACGAUUUGGUUCAGACGCUAUUACUAGAAGUGGAUGAUCGAAUACGAUUCAUUGAGGCUGAGGUUGCAGUACUAGAUGUGGCUGGACCUGCAUGUCCAACCUUCAGCAUGAACAAAAAAUGCCUUCGACGGCGACCACACGACAUUCCUACCUCUAUAGAAAAAAAGAAAGCGAGGGCUGCCGCUCCAGCUAUAAUUCACCUUCUUCCCGAGCACAUUAUAGCGGAAGAUGUCAGACUGUUGGUUCCUGCCGAAAGCAUUCCAAGUGUGGUCCAACAUCAUAAAGUCAACCUAGAUAACGGGAAAUUGAUCUACGAAGGAAAAACGUUAGUUAAAGCUACCUUUUUGUUCAUAUUUAUAUCUAUGUACAUUGAAUUUGCAAAGACGUCUUGGCAAUGCAUA